UAAACGUGUGGCACAAACACAAUGUAUUGCAUCAGAAAAUGAGUCAAACUAUUAAUUCAAUUGUGAAUUAAAUUGUGUUUUGUUUUGUAUUUUGUUUUGUGUGCAUACAAUUUGGUCACGUGUUCACCCGAUAGACCACGUAUUGAGACCAACCAUACCAUUAGCACCACCGCUGCUGUAUUGACACAUACCGGCGCCCAAAACACCGCCACAACUGCCGGUGAUCUUAGACUUAGAGAGAUCUCACAGACCGCUGAAGACAAUCGCUGACCACAAUUAUGGCGGGUCAGCCACAUCUCAAGACACAGGACUUGUCCAAACUGGACUUGUCAUCGUUGACACCGUUAACGCCGGAAGUUAUCUCACGUCAGGCCACGAUCAACAUCGGCACCAUUGGUCACGUGGCCCACGGCAAGAGCACCAUCGUUAAGGCCAUAUCGGGUGUCCAAACGGUGCGCUUCAAGAACGAACUCGAGCGCAACAUUACCAUUAAACUCGGUUACGCCAACGCCAAGAUCUACAAGUGCGACAACGACCAGUGCCCGCGACCCGUGUGCUACCGCUCGGCCCCGUCUAACAAAGAGGACGACUUCCGCUGCGAACGCGCCGACUGUCAGGGAAAGUAUCGACUGCUGAGACACGUGUCGUUUGUCGACUGUCCCGGUCAUGACAUUCUGAUGGCCACUAUGUUGAACGGCGCCGCCGUUAUGGACGCCGCACUGGUGUUGAUCGCCGCCAACGAGACGUGUCCGCAGCCGCAGACCAGCGAACACUUGGCCGCCGUCGAGAUCAUGCGUUUGCAGCACAUGAUUAUACUCCAGAAUAAGAUCGAUUUGGUGAAGGAGUCGCAGGCGAGGGAACAGUAUCUGCAGAUCCAGAAGUUUGUUCAGGGUACUGUGGCCGAGGGGUCGCCCAUUGUCCCGAUCAGCGCGCAGUUGAAGUAUAACAUCGAUGUCCUGUGCGAGUAUGUGGACAUCAAGGGAGGAGUGGCCGGCGGUUCGAUACUGGAGGGAGUGCUCACCGUCGGGAUGGAGAUCGAGGUGCGGCCCGGCCUGAUCUCGAAGGACGAUUCGGGUAAAAUCAUAUGCUGUCCCAUACUGUCGAAGAUCACGUCGCUGUACGCCGACCAGAACGACCUGCAGUACGCCGUCCCGGGAGGGCUCAUAGGCGUGGGCACCAAAAUUGAUCCAAUGCUUACCAGAGCUGACCGUAUGGUCGGUCAGGUGUUGGGCGCCGUCGGCUCGUUGCCCGACAUUUACGCCGAACUCGAGAUCACGUACUAUCUGUUGCGCCGACUGUUGGGCGUCCGUAUGGAGGGCGACAAAAAGGGGGCCAAAGUGCAGAAGUUGGCCAAAGGCGAGGUUCUGAUGCUGAACAUCGGCUCCCUGUCCACCGGGGGUCGUGUGCUGGCCGUGAAGGCAGACUUGGCUAAAGUGCAACUCUUCAUACCGGUGUGUGUGGAGAGCGGCGAGAAGAUUGCGCUCAGUCGACGCGUGGACAGGCAUUGGCGUCUGAUUGGUUGGGGACAGAUCCGUAGGGGCACUUCCAUCGAGCCCUCGUCCAAUCAGCCGAGCAUUUUGCCCAAUCGACUCGACGCCCAAAUCUAAGCAUCCUAUUGGCCGCCG